AUGCCGUCGGCUAUUGGUGGUGCCACCGUGGUUCAAGAGAUUGGGGCUGGGCAGGUUCCCCGCCAGCAUAUGAGCACAACAACUGAACCAGGCGGAGGUCCAGCAGGGAUCUACUCUGCUAUCCUCAGCCGCAACCAACCCAUCAUUGGAGUAAAGGAAAAGACCUUUCAUGAGCUCCACAAGAAAUGCCUUGAGAAGAAGAUUCUUUAUGAGGAUCCAGAUUUCCCUGCUAAUGACUCCUCCCUCUUCUUCAGCCAAAAGCUCCCUGUCAAAUUUGAGUGGAAGAGACCACUAGUAAGUAGGCUUCUUAUCUCACGUAAAGUUGUUUAUAUUUGAUGUUUGCAAAUGUAAUAAAGACAUUUUUCCGUUCCAAGUUAAAAAAAAAGAAAGCAUAGAUAAAAAAAAUGAUAUAUGGGAAAUGAUGAGAUUUUAAGAGGCUCCACGUGCUCCUUCAACUGAUUUACCCUGAUUUAUUGAAAAACCCUUUUGUCAGGUAUAUCCAAAUUUUCAGGGGGAAACACCAUGAUUUGUGUUGUUUGUGAGUAACACUAUGUGGGCUACACAAACUAAAUGGGAAUGCAAAUAGUUGCAAAUAAACAAUAAACUCUACUGUGAACAAACCCUGGAAAUUCAAUCAAGAGUAUUCAGUUAGAAGCAUGCUGAAAACCACCAGAAGUUCAAGGCUGAAAUGCACAAGAUUUUAUAAUUUGUGCAUUCUAUGAAAAAAAAAUUCUACAAUGGUUUAAUGGAAUCCAAGUUAUACUCUAGUAAAUAAAUACACUAAAAAUAGGGAAGACACUUGCAUGCUGCAGAAAAAUAGCUAUGUUUCUAAAUGGCAGUAAAAUGCUAUGGGUGACAUAUUUUAGUCUUAUUUAUUAAUUUACUACCCCUUUAUAGCCCACCUUUCCUCCAAGGUGGUAUACAUGGUUCUCCUCCUUCCCAUUUUAUCUUCACAACAACCCUGUGAGGUAGGUUAGGCUGAGAGACUGUAACUGGCCCAAGGUCACCCACAGAACUUCAUGGCUGAGUGGGGAUUUGAAGCCUGGUCUCUUAAUCAGGUACAUGUUUACUCAGAAGUAAAUUCCACAUUUCCAAUGAGACUUACUCCUAGGUAAGCGAAAAUGGAAUGCUUUUAUUAGCAACCAUCUUUUAUUUCCUUAACAUUGCAUUUCAUUUUCAUUAAAUAAUUUAUCACAAUAUUUAUACAAUUCCAUCAAUUUAUAUAAUUGAUCAUAAACAAAAUUGCAGAGGUUUUGCAGCCAUUGCCAGUGCAGCUUACAAUUUCUUUUAGUCUAUAAUUAUCAAAGCGCACACUGUGUGGAUCUGGGCAUAAAGUGAAUGAGCCUUGGCAUUUUUCACAUAUUAUUAUUAUUAUUAUUAUUAUUAUUAUUAACCACAGUUUGCUUGGUUCAGGUGGCACAUAAGCGGUUGGUUUAGAGUAAUGUGAACUUUUUCAGCAAUUUAUUUCUGUUCCAUAGGAAAUUUGUGAGAAUCCACGCUUUAUCAUUGGUGGAGCCAACAGGAGUGACAUUUGUCAAGGAGAAUUAGGUACAAGUCCUUUCUUCGGAGCUGUUUUGUGUGUCUGAUAAGUUUAUUUAGCAAGUCCCUUUCCCCCCUGCAAUGGCCUUUGGUUCCCAAUUCAAAUGUUGGGUAAGUUUGAUUUGAUUUACCCCCAUGAUCCUGAUGCAGAUCUUCAUUCACCCCCUCUUUUUGCAAAAAACAAAACAAAACAAUUUUUAAUUGGUUUUUAUACAAUAACCAUUAAACACUUAUCUAGCAGUACAGCUAAUAGUGUUUGUUUUAUCCAUUGUCUCUAGACAUACACUUGCACAUUCAGCAUUCUUAACUCAGCCCCUUGUUCCCAAUGUAGAUCUUUAUUUCCCCCUUGUUCCUGAUAUAAAUCGUCACUCCACCACCCAAAAUGGUGUGGAGUGCCAUUUUGUGAUUUGCCUCAGGUGCCAAAAUGUCUUGGGCCGGCCCUGUCCUAACUAAUAUAUGCCAGUUAAAUGCAAAUUGCUCUGAAGACCAAAAAAAUAUUUGUAGAAGCACUAAUCCUUCAGUGGCAUACAUUCUCUGUUCCUCCUAGUAAUUUAGACACUUAAUUUGCCCUGCUCUAUAUAAUUCCUCUCAGGUGACUGUUGGUUCCUGGCUGCCAUUGCUUGUCUCACCUUGCAUGAGAAGUUGCUGUUCCGGGUCAUACCACGGGAGCAGACCUUCAUAAAGAUUAUGCUGGAAUCUUUCACUUCCAGGUAUGAGUUGUUGAUCAGACACAAGAAGAUGCUGCCUUUUGCAGUUCAGCUAUGCCACAGUAACCAGCAGCAUGGAAUAGAUUAAUAGGCACUGAUAUCGAAGGCCUAUUUUAAUGACUUAUUUGCUACUGUCACUUAAUAAAUCUAUCUAUCUAUCUAUCUAUCGAUCUAUCUAUCUAACAAUACAAUCACCUAACAAAGUCUAGCCCCAAUUAUAGUGAGCAAACCAGUUCUUAAUCACAAUCCACACAUCACUUUUUUUCUAACACACAUAUAAUUGCAAAUUAUAUCUAUCUGUCUAUCUAUCUAUCUAUCUAUCUAUCUAUCUAUCUAUCAUCUUUUUCUCUCCAGUUUUGGCGUUAUGGAAAUUGGGUGGAAGUUAUCAUUGAUGACCGUUUACCAACGUACGGCAGUCAACUGGUCUUCACAAAAUCCUCCCAGCAAAAUGAAUUUUGGAGUGCCUUACUGGAAAAAGCUUAUGCAAAGUAAAUAUACUUUCUACACAUUCCAUUUCUGUAUACUAUAUGCAUAUAUUAUACCCCUAUUCAACUGUACAUCUGUUUAAACUGAGGUAAAUUAAAUAAUGUGUUAUUCUUAUAACAAAUGUAUAUUAUUCAGAUGCAUUUUGAUUUUACAAUAGAACAGAUUCAAAAAUGAUCUAUACCCCAAUGAAAAUGAAUCAUCAGAAUUUAUUUGGAGUGUUAAUUUUGUUUUCUUGUUCCUUCUCAGGCUCCAUGGCUCUUAUGAGGCUCUCAAAGGAGGUAACACCACCGAGGCCAUGGAAGAUUUCACAGGAGGAGUAA